CGGGAGUGACCGGUUCGGCGGUGCCUGCCCGCGGCAGUGGGAAGGCGCAGCGUUAACGGCGGCGUUUAGACGUGCUGGCAGCCUUGUUCGUGCCUGGAUCCGGCCCAAGCGGAGGCCUAGCAGAGGGGAUAAAUCAUCCCAGUGCCUGCCCUGCGCUUCUCUCUCUUCCCCUGUAGAGCCGAGCCUCCCUGCUCUGGUCCCCACUGGCUUGUGCCCUGCCUCUGUUUCCCCACCAGUCUGGGUGCCUCAAGCAGGAUGGCCCGACCGUGUACCCCUCAUCCCAGGCCAGCAUUAGGGGCUCAGCCCUCCAGCAGUGCCAGCGUCCGGCGUGUGGCCUGGGAUGACCCUGCCAGGUCUGCUUGGUGGCCUGGAUAGGCAGGGACAGUCAAGGCAGCAGCUCUGGAGCCUGGAGGUGCUGGCACCCACACCCUGCUGUCACAUUCUUCCUCUGCGUGACAGCGGGACUGCUGUCCCUGGAGUCUCCCUGCCCCAGAAGUGCCACGGGAGAGCACAUUUUGUCCCUAGGUCCACCAAUCCCCUGGGAGAGUAAAGAUAGGCACGUCCCCAUCUGCUCACCCCAUGGGGACCCCAGCCACUGGUGUGACAGGGCAGCAGCAUCCUCCAGGAGUUGGGGUCCACGCAGCAUCCUGGCCAGCCCUCACCUUGGAUAGGUGGCAUCAUCCCUUGGCCGGACAUGGCCCCAAAGUGGCGUUCCCCCCCAGCAUGCAGGACAGAACCCCAGCCCCUCAAGCCGGCGGGGGGUGGCGGGGACCCUGCUCCUGCUGCCAGCCUGCCCCAGAAAGCCACCCUGUGCCGUUUCCUAGUGGGGCGUGGAGGGCCAGGGCUCGCACAGAGGCAGCUUUGUGCGGCGUGCCAAGGCAUCCCGCUCUCGGCAGCCCGGCCUCCUUCUCCUGCCAAGGAGCUGUCUCACAGCCCUGUGCUCUUUCCUGCUCCGUUUGUCCAGCCCUGACAUGCCCCUGAGCCCCUGUCUUGGCAGCCCAGCCACACCAGCCAGGGUGGUGGGACAUGGGUGAGACCUUCACGGCAGUGCCACAGGCUUCAUAGCCCAAGGAGAGCCCGCAGUGAGCCCAGCCAUCUCUCUGCCAUGGAUGCCACGGACGUGCCCCUCCAGGCUGAGAUGGUGGAGCUGGUACCCAACGGGAAGCACACAGCCGCACUCACCACCUCCACCAUGGCCUCACUGGCAGGUGACAGGUUUGAGGAGAACCAGACUGGCACAGCAGAGAUGGAGGAGUUCCUGCCCCACGGCGCUGAGAAGAAGCAGACGCACUUCACUGAUUUCGAAGGGAAGACAUCUUUUGGGAUGUCUGUCUUCAACCUGAGCAACGCCAUCAUGGGCAGCGGCAUCCUGGGACUGGCCUAUGCCAUGGCCAACACUGGCAUCAUCCUCUUCCUCUUCCUCCUGACGGCGGUGGCCCUGCUCUCCAGCUACUCCAUCCACCUGCUGCUCAAGUCCUCAGGCAUUGUGGGCAUCCGCGCCUAUGAGCAGCUGGGAUACCGAGCCUUCGGCACACCGGGGAAACUGGCUGCGGCCAUCGCCAUCACACUGCAGAACAUUGGAGCCAUGUCCAGCUACCUGUACAUCGUCAAAUCCGAAGUGCCUCUCGUCAUCCAGACCUUCCUCAAUCUGGAGGAGAAGACCACGGACUGGUAUAUGAAUGGGAAUUAUCUGGUGAUCCUGGUUUCCCUCACCAUUAUCCUGCCUCUGGCCCUCAUGAAGCAGCUGGGCUACCUUGGCUACGCCAGUGGCUUCUCGCUCAGCUGCAUGGUGUUCUUCCUCAUCUCGGUCAUCUACAAGAAGUUCCAGAUCCCCUGCCCACUCCCUGAACAGGAAGGGAACCUCACACGCAGCCUCAACUCCACCUCUGUCAGCACCAGCGACUACCAGAAUGGCUACACUGUCCUCCAGGCCCCUGAGCAUGGCACCUGCACCCCCAGCUUCUUCACCCUGAACUCCCAGACAGCAUACACCAUCCCCAUCAUGGCUUUUGCAUUCGUCUGCCACCCUGAGGUCCUGCCCAUCUACACUGAGCUGAAGAAUCCCUCCAAGAAGAAGAUGCAGUGCAUCUCCAACAUCUCCAUCACGGUCAUGUACCUCAUGUACUUCUUGGCUGCGCUCUUUGGCUACCUCACAUUCUAUGACCGGGUGGAGUCGGAGCUGCUGCAUACCUACAACAGGGUGGACCCUUUCGAUGUGCUCGUCCUGUGUGUGCGGGUCGCCGUGCUGACAGCUGUCACCCUGACCGUCCCCAUCGUCCUCUUCCCUGUGCGCCGGGCCAUCCAGCAGAUGCUGUUCCAAGGGAAGGACUUCAGCUGGAUCCGCCAUGUCACCAUUGCUGUGGUUCUGCUGACCUUCAUCAACCUCUUGGUCAUCUUUGCUCCCUCCAUCCUUGGCAUCUUUGGCAUGAUCGGUGCCACCUCUGCUCCCUGCCUCAUCUUCAUCUUCCCUGCCAUCUUCUACAUCCGCAUCAUGCCCAAGGACAAGGAGCCACUGCGCUCCACCCCCAAAAUCUUGGCUGCCUGCUUUGCCCUCCUCGGAGUGCUCUUCAUGAUCAUGAGCUUGAGCUUCAUCAUCAUUGACUGGGCUACGGGAGGGGGGAAGAGUGGUGGCAGCCACUAGUCAGCACUGGGUGCCCAAACCAACCCCUCCCACCCCACCGGUGCCCCAAGAACAGCCAGCCCUGGGCUCAGCCCCGUGCCACGGCCCCCUGGGCUGCCCCAGGGACCUUCUGCCAUUGCUUCCCAUCACCCGUGGUGGUGGUGAGGGGGCAUGAGCCAUGGCAGGCACGGGGAUCCCCUGACCUAUGCUCAAGAUGGGGCAGCGAGCGUGGGGCAGGUGCUGUGCCCCCCUCCCUGUUCCAGCAGGUCCCCUCCCUGCUCCACACCUCAGUUUUCCCAUCUGUAAAAUGGGAAUAACACUGCCCUACCUCACCAGGAUCUGGCUGUCCAGUGGUGCUCGGGUCUGCGCACCUAGAGCCACCAGCAGCAGGUACUGCCAGGGGUGUGGGGACAGGGGGCACUUACCUGGCCCCCCAGACAGCAUCCAGAGCCCUGAUGAACAGUGUCCGUGGGGAGCUGGAGCCUGUACCCAAGGCACACAUCCUCUCCUGGUCCCCAGAGAGAUGCCACCCUACUCCCCCUGCAUCAUGGGGGCACCCUGGUCCCUGUGGGCAGUGUGGCCCUGCCGCUGUGGCUGACGGUACCAGCCUGCUGCUCUUGAGCCUGCUGGGGACACGGUUGGCUCCCAGUACCCGCGGAUGGGACCCCAGUGAUCCCCAGGCCAUGCAUGGGGACCAGCAGCAUCGCUCUGGGGAGGUGGCAUGCUGGCAGGGGACUGGCCCCACCAAGGGGCGCAGGUUGGGGGAUGCUGGGGGCAACUGUCAUUAUGGGCCAGCCUGGGGGCUCCAGAGCCAUCUCUGUCUGUGUGCCCAGAUGCCAGGGUGAUGGGCACCCACGCAACCCAAGCUGGCCCUGCUCGCCUUGCACCUAGGCCCAGCACCCGGGCGCACACAGCCCUCUCCUGUCCGCCCAUCCAUCCACGUGUACAUGCCGCUGGGACACCCCACGUCAUGCCAAAACCUGGAGGGUGGCUCUCCCACUCCCUGUCUCCCUUCCCAGGGUGGGAGGCUGCCCAGCAGGGUGGACAGUGUGGGGCAGGAGGGGCUGUCCCACAGUGAAGUACAUAAAAGAUGUAUUUUUUUUACUGGGGUGGUGGAGGCUGGGAUGCUUUUUAUAAAUACUGUAUAUAAGAGUA